AUGAGUGGCGAAGAUGAUGCUCAAGUGAUGGAACAAGCAAGGCAAACGUAUACUUUGGAAACGGGUGGGAAGUUUAACAUGUAUGAUGCAUGGAAAGUGUUAAAAGAUAAACCGAAGUUUCUAUCUUUUAUCGGUGUCGAUGGCAUGGUGUUAAAGAAGAAACGGAUGUCCCGCAUGAUCGAUUCUAGUGAUGAAGACCAAGCGCCCGUGAACCUCGACGAUGAAGACCCACUCGACACCGACCUCUUUGGCCCAGAUGCUAUUCCACGCCCCCACACAAAGUCGAAAAAGAAAACGCCACGAACAUCGGGAUCCUUGGAUGCGGGCUCAUCUCGUUCAAGUGCAUCCGACUUGGCCGCGCGUCUCGAACAACUUGGAAGCUCCAAACAAGCGUUAAUUGACAAAAGAUCGGACGCCCUCGAUUCCAUUCGCGAGGAAGAAAAAAAACGUACCUUGUACGCGGCGUUUUCAUUUGUGGGUCAAUCAAAUCUGAAUCCUCGACAACGAAAGUUUAUCGAGAAGGCGAUGGAGAAGGUGUUGGACGAGUACAAGGGGUUCGUUGAGGUGUCCGAUGAUGAAGACGAGGAGUAG